AAGCAUGAGGAAAGCUGCGUCCUUGUUAUUAUUUGCUGGAUGCCUUGUUUCCCUUGCAACUCCCCACGAGCCCUUCAUUUCCCAACUGAAAUUUCAAUUCUCUCUCCAAAUCAUACAAUUCUCUGCAAUUCCCAUGUUCAAUCAAUCUUCCAAGCCUCUAAAUCCUACAACCGCUACUCCUCAACUCGCAUUGCUUGCUUUCUUUGCCGUUUCAUUCCCAUGAUGGACUUAAGCAUAGAGGCUGAAGGGUAAAGUUUUGAAAUAGUCAUUUUGAAGUAAUUUAGAAUGGCUCCAGCUAGCAAGGCUGAUAAAAAGGCUGCAGUGGAUGCAGCUGCAUGGACUUUUAACGUUGUCACUUCUGUUGGAAUUAUUAUUGUCAACAAAGCCUUAAUGGCCAAUUAUGACUUCAGUUAUGCUACAACUCUAACUGGUUUGCAUUUUGCUACCACAACCUUGUUGGCUUUUGUUCUAAGGUGGCUGGGAUACAUACAAGCGUCUCAUCUACCUUUCCCAGAGCUUUUGAAAUUUGUCUUCUUUGCAAACUUCUCAAUUGUUGGAAUGAAUGUUAGUCUAAUGUGGAAUUCAGUGGGAUUUUAUCAGAUUGCAAAGCUGAGUAUGAUUCCUGUGUCCUGCCUUUUGGAAGUGUUGUUUGACAAGAUUCGGUAUUCACGAGACACAAAGCUGAGUAUAGUAGUUGUUCUCUUGGGUGUUGGUGUUUGCACUAUCACCGAUGUAAGCGUGAAUGCCAAGGGCUUCAUUGCUGCUUUCAUUGCAGUCUGGAGCACUUCUCUGCAACAGUAUUAUGUACAUUACCUUCAAAGGAAGUAUUCACUUAGUUCUUUUAACCUACUUGGCCAUACUGCUCCAGCCCAGGCUGCUACAUUGCUGUUAGUUGGCCCAUUUUUGGAUUACUGGUUGACAAACAGAAGAGUUUACGCUUACAACUAUAAUAUAGUCUCUGUGAUGUUCAUUAUUCUGUCAUGCACCAUUGCGGUUGGGACCAACCUCAGCCAGUUCAUCUGCAUUGGCAGAUUCACAGCAGUGUCAUUUCAAGUACUUGGUCAUAUGAAGACAAUCCUUGUGUUGAUAAUGGGGUUCUUCUUCUUCGGGAGAGAGGGCCUGAAUCUACAGGUAAUUCUGGGCAUGGUCAUAGCCGUGGUCGGAAUGAUCUGGUACGGAAAUGCCUCAACCAAGCCUGGAGGAAAAGAGCGUUGGAGCAUUUCACUACCUACAAGUAGACAACAAAAACAUAGUAGUUUAUCAGAAUCCAGUGAACAUGAUCCAAAGGCCUAAGCAUUCAUGUCGGGUAAGUUAAAGCAUACAAGGGUAGCUAAUUCCAGGAACUCAUAAAUCAUUUGAGAGAAUAGAAAAGCUCAUGGUUUGAUGCUAAUUAAUCUCUUAUUUAUUCAAUUAUUUCUUGUUUUUCUUUUAUUAGAUCCUAUCAAGAGAAAGUAGAUUUUUUGCUUAGAGUUAGGCUGUACUUUUUUUUUUCUUGUUCAGGAAUAUAUACUAUGAUAAUUAUUCCUUUUUCUGUGUGAUCCUCAAAA